GUAUGCUCUGAAACGCAGCCCGCACCGUGCGCCCUUUGUGUGUCCGAGGGGCCCGGGAGCAUGUGGCUGAACCCGGAGGAGGUGCUGCUGGCGAACGCCCUAUGGAUUGCGGAGAGAGCCAACCCUUAUUUCAUCCUGCAGAGGAGGAAGGGCCACGGAGGAGAUGGAGGCGGUGGCGGGGGACUGGCUGGCCUCCUGGUGGGGACUCUCGAUGUUGUUCUGGACUCCAGUGCAAGAGUCGCCCCUUACCGUAUCCUCUACCAGACUCCAGACUCGUUGGUGUACUGGACCAUUGCCUGUGCUGGUUCCAGGAAAGAAAUCACUGAGCAUUGGGAAUGGCUUGAGCAGAAUCUGCUGCAGACACUCUCCAUCUUUGAGAACGAAAACGACAUAACCACCUUUGUGAGAGGGAAAAUACAGGGCAUUAUUGCAGAAUACAACAAAAUCGAUGACAUAAAGGAAGAUGAUGACACUGAAAAGUUUAAGGAGGCCAUUGUGAAAUUUCACAGGCUCUUUGGGAUGCCAGAGGAAGAGAAACUGGUCAAUUACUACUCAUGCAGUUACUGGAAGGGGAAGGUUCCCCGCCAGGGCUGGAUGUACCUCAGUAUUAAUCACCUCUGCUUUUACUCCUUUCUGAUGGGAAGGGAAGCCAAGUUGGUGAUCCGGUGGGUGGACAUCACUCAGCUUGAAAAGAAUGCCACCCUGCUCCUGCCUGACGUGAUCAAAGUGAGCACCAGGUCAAGUGAACAUUUCUUCUCUGUCUUCCUCAAUAUCAAUGAGACAUUCAAACUGAUGGAACAGCUGGCCAACAUAGCCAUGAGACAGCUGCUGGACAAUGAAGGUUUCGAGCAGGACAGAUCCCUCCCGAAACUGAAAAAGAAAUCUCCUAAAAAAGUGUCUGCUUUAAAACGGGAUCUUGAUGCCAGAGCAAAGAGUGAAAGAUACCGUGCACUGUUCCGCCUACCCAAAGAUGAGAAAUUAGAUGGCCACACAGACUGUACUCUCUGGACUCCAUUCAACAAAAUGCAUAUUUUGGGGCAGAUGUUUGUGUCAACAAAUUACAUCUGUUUUACCAGCAAGGAGGAGAACUUGUGUAGCCUCAUCAUCCCACUCCGAGAGGUGACGAUUGUGGAGAAGGCUGACAGCUCCAGUGUCUUGCCCAGCCCGCUAUCAAUCAGCACAAAAAACCGGAUGACCUUUCUCUUUGCUAACUUGAAAGAUAGAGACUUUUUGGUGCAGAGGAUCUCAGAUUUCCUACAACAAACAACUUCCAAAAUAUACCUGGACAAAGAGAUUUCAGGAAGCUGCAACAGUUCAGAUGAUGAGGUCUACUCCAGGCCCAGCAGCCUCAUCUCCUCUAGCCCUCAACCCAGCAUGAGCUCCGAGGCAGAUGGUGGGGAGCGCCAAUUCAACCUGAAUGGGAACAACGUCCCAACAGCCACACAGCCCUUAAUGACCAUGUAUCGACGACGCUCUCCUGAGGAAUUCAACCCCAAAUUAGCCAAAGAGUUUUUGAAAGAACAAGCCUGGAAGAUUCACUUUGCUGAGUAUGGACAAGGGAUCUGCAUGUACCGCACUGAGAAAACCCGAGACCUGGUGCUAAAGGGCAUCCCAGAGGGCAUGAGAGGGGAACUCUGGAUGCUGCUCUCAGGAGCCAUUAAUGAGAUGGCCACCCAUCCUGGCUAUUAUGAAGAUCUGGUGGAAAAGUCUAUGGGAAAGUACAACCUUGCCACAGAGGAGAUUGAACGAGACUUGCAUCGGUCCCUCCCAGAACACCCGGCUUUCCAGAAUGAAAUGGGCAUUGCUGCUCUGAGGAGAGUGUUAACAGCUUAUGCCUUUAGAAAUCCCAACAUAGGAUAUUGCCAGGCAAUGAACAUUGUAACCUCAGUGCUGCUUUUAUACGCAAAAGAAGAAGAAGCCUUCUGGCUGCUGGUAGCUUUGUGUGAGCGUAUGCUUCCUGACUAUUACAACACUAGAGUUGUUGGAGCAUUGGUAGACCAGGGUGUUUUUGAGGAAUUAGCCCGAGACUAUGUCCCCCAGCUGUAUGACUGCAUGCAAGAUUUGGGGGUGAUCUCUACCAUCUCCCUCUCCUGGUUCCUCACACUAUUUCUGAGUGUGAUGCCUUUUGAGAGCGCGGUUGUGGUUGUAGACUGUUUCUUCUAUGAAGGAAUCAAAGUGAUCUUCCAGCUGGCAUUGGCUGUUCUGGAUGCCAAUGUGGACAAGCUUCUGAACUGCAAAGAUGAUGGGGAAGCCAUGACUGUUUUGGGGAGGUACUUAGACAGUGUGACCAAUAAAGAUAGUACCCUGCCUCCCAUCCCUCACCUUCAUUCCCUGCUCAGUGACGACGUAGAACCUUACCCAGAGGUGGAUAUCUUCAGGCUCAUCAGGACUUCCUAUGAGAAAUUUGGAACCAUCAGAGCUGACUUGAUCGAACAGAUGAGAUUUAAACAGAGGCUGAAAGUCAUCCAGACUCUGGAAGACACUACCAAGCGUAAUGUGGUGCGGACAAUAGUGACAGAAACAUCAUUUACAAUUGAUGAACUGGAAGAACUUUAUGCUCUUUUCAAAGCAGAACAUCUCACCAGCUGCUAUUGGGGUGGGAACAGCAAUGCCCUGGAUCGCCAUGACCCCAGCCUGCCUUACCUGGAACAAUACCGUAUUGAUUUUGAGCAGUUCAAAGGGAUGUUCGCCUUGCUCUUCCCAUGGGCUUGUGGGACUCACUCUGACGUGCUGGCUUCUCGCUUAUUCCAGUUACUGGAUGAAAAUGGGGACUCUCUGAUCAACUUCCGAGAAUUUGUCUCUGGACUAAGUGCAGCCUGUCACGGAGACCUCACAGAGAAACUUAAGCUGCUCUACAAAAUGCACGUUCUGCCUGAGCCAUCCCCUGAUCAAGAAGAGCCAGAUUCUGCCUUCGAAGCCACUCAGUACUUUUUUGAAGACAUCACUCCUGAGUGCACGCAUGUGGUUGGCCUGGAGAGCAGGACCAAGCCAAAUGCUGACGAUGGGUUUGUUACAGUGAGUCUCAAGUCAGACAAAGGGAAGAAGGUGAAUUCCCAAGACAAUCGUAACUACCUGAGACUGUGGACCCAAGAGAAUAAAGCCAAGUCAAAGAAUUCAAAGGACCUGCCCAAAUUGAACCAGGGACAGUUUAUUGAGCUGUGUAAGACCAUGUACAACAUGUUUAGCGAGGACCCAAAUGAGCAGGAACUGUACCACGCCACGGCCGCAGUAACCAGCCUGCUCCUGGAAAUUGGAGAAGUGGGCAAACUCUUCAUCGCCCAGCCGGCCAAAGAGAAUGAGGGCGGAGGCAGCGGGCACCCCUGCGCCCCGGGCAUCCAGAGCAUGCUCUUCCCCAAGAAAGGACCCAGCCAGCCCUACUGUGUGGAGGCAGGCGAGCUGCUCCCCGCCACCCUGGCCAUGGACAAUGAGGAGCCUUCCGAGGGCCCCCUGGGCGGGCAGAUGGAGGACAUCAAGCUGGAGGACUCCUCCCCCCGAGACAACGGGGCGGGCUCCUCCAUGCUCAUCUCGGAUGACGACACAAAGGAUGACAGCUCCAUGUCAUCUUACUCGGUGCUGAGCGCAGGCUCCCAUGAGGAGGACAAACUGCACUGUGAGGACAUUGGGGAUGACACCGUCCUGGUUCGCAGUGGCCGAGGCACCACAGCCCUUCCUCGGAGCAACAGCCUAGACAGGGACUGGGCCAUCACCUUUGAGCAGUUCCUGGCUUCCCUCUUAACUGAGCCCGCCCUGGUGAAAUACUUUGACAAGCCAGUGUGCAUGAUGGCCAGAAUCACCAACGCCAAGAACAUCCGGAUGAUGGGGAAGCCCAUCACCUCUGCCAGUGACUAUGAAAUCUCUGCCAUGUCAGGGUGAUGUUGAGGCCUUUAUCGGGGAGGGGAAGGGGGGGAGGGAGGGUUUUUUUAAGUUUUGUGUUGGAGUUCAGGGAUUUUGUUUAUUUGUUUUUAAUUAAGUAUUUAUUAGUACCUUGCUUGAAAGCCUGGUAUUUUCAUAAUAUAGUAGAAUGAAAAUGGUCGAAGAAAUAUUUAAGUAUCUCCAGUUAGGUACAGGACUCACUUCAUUUUGGUGGGAAUAGCCGGGGAAAACCCACCAGAAUGCAGUUUUAUUCCGUGAAAUUCCAAAAAGAUGAAACUGUCAGUGAAAUGUAUGUGUUAUUCUUAUUAACCUUACUACUGUUGAGCUGUAAACACAUAAAAUUAAUUCUCAGUUUUUAAACUCUAAACCAAGUGGCAGAUAUUUGUGUAUUUUUUUUUAAUUAAAAUCUGACCUGUAAAAAGAAGGAAAAAUCAUUGAACAGAAUGAUCCUAAAUGAAAAGGCAUCAUCAGCUGGAUUCUCCCUCUCAGUCUCAUAUCACAUCCCUGUGGGAGGCCUUUUAAAUAGAGUUUACAACAUCAGGUCUGUUUCCUAGCGCACCACAUGUCAACAUCCUGCUCCCAAUCUAUGCUGACCUCUGUUCCCUAAAGGAGUAAAGCAGUAAGAUGGGGAAGGAAGGAUGAAACAAAUCCUAGAAUAACCCAUUCAAGCAAACCACUAGUCAGUUCAAUGGGAAAAUGGUCAAACUGGCUAUUUGAUCAUUUGGGGGCUGUGGGGAGAGGAACAAAUCGACUCACUGAAAAUGGCAUCGAUGAGACAGGGUUUGAUUUGGGAGUUUGCCUGUUUUGUGUUCCAGCUAAAAGGAAAUAAAGGGUAUUGGGACUUACUUCUGAGAGCAGAGAUUGCAGCUUCUCAUUGUUCAUUGCUCAAAGGAAACAAAAACACAAUCAUUACCACUUAGGUAAGGUCUCUCCUGUAGAUGUAAGGACUCAUAACCAACCAUGUAUUGCAUACAUCCUUUGUUCCAGGUAAAGUCACUGUAAAGUAGAUAUAACAUAACCUCCAACAAAAUAGAAAACCUGCAAGAUCUGUAACCGAAUGUUUGUUUCCAAAUAGAACGCGUCACUUUAUCUAAAGACUAGUCGGCCGCAUCAAUUUCCCAAAUGGUUUGUGGGGAUGAAACCUAGGCACGCCUGCACUUUGCAUUCUUGCUGCUGUCUCUAUUUUAUUUCUGACCUAUUCGUCAAGUUUUCUUCCCCCUUUUUUGUCCUAUUGAGUUUGUGAUCAUUCCCGGGGACCGUCUUCUUUGCUUGUUCGAAAUGCGCUUUUUUGACACAUGGCAUUUUUUGGUUUGUUUUUACUCUUCUACAUCAUGUCCCUUUUAUUUUGGCCAAUGCUGCUCUUUUUUCUUAUUUAUGAGAAUGGUUUUAAAACUGUCAGAUGAAGUUGUGUUUAACCACAAAUAGGAUAAAUGUGAAAAAAAAUAAUAAAAGACAUUCAGAUACCCUCA